AUGGCCGAGACUUACCGGCCACCUUCGGAACGCUAUCCGCAGAAGCCUUUCGCAGCAGAGUCAAGUUUCACUCCUCGCAUCUCCAUCCAGGAGAUCCUCUAUCCAGUCAUCGGGCCCUCGUCAACCACCUUCGCGGACUUCAAAGAGGCUGCUGGGAAUCUUCCAGUUAACACGCCGACACCAGAGUCUGUUGUGUCAUUACAUACCGUCAACGCGCUGUUGCCGUAUCAAGACCAGUUUCUGGCUGCCGGUCUAGCCGUGACGUCCGAUCAGCAACGACCGAAGCGAGAGCCAUCUGCGAGUCCGGCAAAGGACAAAGGCAUUGAAACCGUACCGGGUGAACAGGCAAAACGCCCUGCAGAAACUCGGUCCAAGGAGUUGCAGUCUCGGGAUAAUCCAAGCCAUCUUCAGUUUAAUGGCCAGAGAAGUCCAUCUUGGGACUCUUCGUAUGACAGCAGCUUGGGAACGCAGGUUGCUUUCACGCAACCAGAAGCAUGGGAACUUGCCUACAUUGAUGAGGUACCAGAGAAAAAGCCUGGGUGCUGCAAUUUGACGUGCUUCACGGGGCGAGAAGAAUCAACCGAGAUCCCGGCUAACAGAGCGCCGCCUGCUCAAACUCCGACGACCAUCGAUACCCCGAACAAAAUCUUAGACAAAUGGCACCCAGUAUACCCGCAAAAGGAUGAAGUCAUCUGGAUCAAGUCUCCAAAAGGAACAGAUUUCCGAGACCCUCGUGUCAAGACAUGGCAUGGAGACACCGCGCAACGUCCUUCCACUUAUCGACCAGCGCGCAAACCUCAACCCGAAGAUGAGUUGGAAGCCACGAGCCCAACGACCAAGCGUCCUGAAAACCAAGCCUCUGAGCAGGAAAAUGUGCCGCCAAUUCCUCCUAGAGCUCCGGGUCGCAUCAAACCUUCAGUCAGGCAUCAAGGAUCAAUGGCCGACUCGGCAACUACCAAGGGUUUUCGCAAACCAGGACAGCGGGAUGUGUUUCUCGAUACCACAGAUGCAAUACUUGUCAAAACAAAAUCACCCACGCAAGAGCCGUCAAGUACUAGAAGACCAAUGAAACCAAUUGUUGAGUCUUUGUCAGAUGAGAACACACACUUGACAGAGGAGGUUUCAAUUAAGACGCCGAAAGAGACAAUAAAAGCUCAGAUGUCGACUCAGGAGCCGACGAGGAUCUCUGUCAACCAGCCAGAGAGAAAGGCCAAAGAAAAGGCAGCCCGACAGAAACAGCAGGUCGAAGUCGAGCACCCGGGGAUUUUUCAUUCUGGGAGAAUGUUCAAGAGUUUGCAAGAAUCGCCAAAACUCACAGAGCAGCAGCCCCAAGAGAGAUCCGCAGCCACCAGCCUGGGGACCUUAUCGCCAAAGCUUGACCUUCCUUCAACGUGGAAGCUGACCCUAAGUAAUCCCUCAUCCCUUGAAGAGGCGAUAGAACAAGCAUCUCGAGAAAUGGAGGAAAGGAACACCGAAGACACCCAGACUGCAGGGAACAACCAACCUGUAUCAACGGAGAAAAAGCAGCCUGAAGCUGUCGACCUGACAAAGACAGUAAAAGAACUUUUCUCCCACCCCGUCGAUAAGGAAAACGCCCAUACAGCCAAGAAACUGCCCAAAAAGAAUACAGAAAGCUCCAUAAGCACUUACUCCUCACUCUCCACGGAGCGUGAUGACCGAGAUAUCGAUGACCGAGAUGUCUUGCGAGGCCUCAACAUUGCGAUAUCCGCGGCUUGCGACGAGGAGGUGGACGCGUGGAUCAGACAGAAGACAGGCGUCCGCAUCCGACGGUUCUUGGCUGACCUGAGAGCAUUCGAGACACUUGCCGAGGAAGACGAGGCAGACCCCAAACACGAGCGUUCGCGAAUCAGGAGGACGGAAUCGAGGAAGCUCCAGGCACAAAUUCGGCAGUCGAAAGCUGCGAGGGAGGCAAGAGCUCAGUGA